AUGGCCGACCUCGUUCCACCAGAUGCCUGGGAUACUCAUAUCCAUGUCUUUGACCCGGAUAACUUUGCCUAUGUGGUGCCUCGGUCGUACACGCCCAAGGCAGCGCAGAUAAUAGAGUAUCCAACAUCCGUAACUAGUUGCAAAAACGUUGUUAUCGUUCAUGCGUCUGUGCAAGGUUCAUCCCCUGCAGCUCUGCUCGACACCCUCAGCAAGCAGCACUCAGUUGCGCAGCUGAACGGAUACAAGCUUCGCGGACUAGCCACUAUUGAUGUAAACACCAUCACAGAUAGCGAGCUAGAUGCACUGCAUGUGGCGGGUGUCAGAGGUGCUCGUUUACAUGAGAUGUCAUGGGGCCACGGUAAACAGAGCGAUGGCGAUGAUAUCAUCCGAAAGGUCAAGGCCCUUGCUUCUCGUCUGGCGAGGCUGGGAUGGGCUAUUGGCAUCUUUUGCCCCGUGAGCGCGUGGGCUAGAAUGGCGGAUAUUAUUCGCAACGACAUUGAUCCCAGAGUUAAGAUGGUGGCCGAUCAUAUGGGUGGGACAUUUCCGCACGAGGCUAGUUCUGAAGAUUUUAAAGUUUUCUUAGACCUUGUUCGUGAGAAGAAGGUUUUUGUCAAGGUUUCUGGGUUUGAGAGAUUGUACAAUGGCUAUGACAAUGGUAUUGAGAGUGUUGCGCCAAUUGCGAAGGCCAUUAUCGAAGCGGGCCCGGAUCAGAUUGUCUUUGGCACGGACUGGCCGCAUACACAGCUAGGAGUUACACGAAAAGGAAAGACGGAUGAACAGAGGUUGAACGAUAUUGAAGGGUUCAGGACUGUUGACGAUACUGGUCAUAUUAGAAAGUUGAGGGAGUGGAUUCAGGAUGACGAGACUUGGCAGAAGCUAUGGGUUAAGAACCCUGCUGCGCUAUUCAAUUAG